AUGCUUGAGAACGCCCAUUCGAAGAACGACUACACGUCACUCUUUCAUCCGAAUGCUGUUUUCCCGGUGUCGUCGCAGAGCUACAACCCAACUGAUAGCGAUUCGGCUGUCAACAGCCAAAUAGAUGGCAUUCUGCAACGUAUCCGUCCACCCCUCCUAGAAGUGGUCCGGGGAUCUCGCACACUCGACACAUGGUCUCCGCGUUGCGACGACAACGAACAUUUGGAUCAUGUGGCAAGCCUGAAGAUACCUCGCUGCGAUAGACAUGAACAACCACUACUAGUCCUACACGAUCUUGGUCACCUUAUACCCUCUGAGACGCUUGAGCGUAACCUCGAAUCCGUUUUCCGUAAGGAUGAGAAUACGUUCUUCGUUAACGCUUCCGGCUCAGGAAAAACUCGGUUACUAUACGAAGGCCUGUGUCGACACUGGGGGCUCUACUUUGCCGCAAGACUCGACUCCAGCGGCCUCGGGAGUAAACACGUGGGGGCUGUGGUGGCUAACGGCCUCGUUUUCUCUGACGUAGUCAAGCUACCACACCCCUCCAUGCCUUCAUAUCCGAGUACGCUGCACCAUAAUUUUGACUUCAUCAUCCGCCGCUACAAGGAUGUCCUCCUCGCGCAAGUGUUGGUCUUCAAAGCUUUCCUCGAUCUUGCUGACCCAUGUCUUACCGACGAACACAAACAACGUUGGCUGUAUUGUCAGCUUCAGCCCAGCGCCCUGCUAGCUCGCGAUCCAUUCCAUGCGAUCAGCCAUUUUCUUCUAAAGGCUUCAGAUGCAUAUGUCGACCACCAUCUGCAGGCUGUACUGAAGGACAUCCAUCAUCGCUUAGGCGCCGAUGUUCCGCUCUUCGCUGUUCUCGACGAAGCUCAGUCACUGGGUCACAAUGAUAGUGUGGCAAAUAUCCCAUACGGCUUCCCAUCUGACGAUUCGCGGCCGUACAUGCAGCGCUUGCUCACGGCGUGGCGAGGACGACCCGGUCUCUCCCUCAUCAUCACUGGGACAUGCCUCCCGCGAGAUAUCUUUCAUGACGACCCUGUCGAGAUGGUAUACGGUCGUUAUAGAUGGACAUCCGCGACAGGUGGCUUCGACGCUGUAGGCUCGAACCGGCAAUACAUCUUGCGAUAUCUGCCUCCUCUUUUCCUCCAGGAGGCCAGUGGGAAAAGGCUCUUGCGGCGACUGGGGACCUGGCUUCGAGGACGUCAUCGCUUCACGACUUCUUUCAUUGGACAAUAUCUUCGACACGGACUAUCGCAGCCUCACCAGUUACUCAAUGACUACAUACGGAACGCAACAGGAUAUUCGCCUCGCGACGCCGACGACCUGACGGAAUCCGAAGGAGAUAGGUUCGGACAAGCGUGGAGACUUCUUCGACCAAUAUCAUUCUGGGCCAUGCGAGACUGGCUGGUUCGGUCAACGCUCCACCAUGCUCUAUUCCGUGUCUUCGUCGAUUCAUCAGCUUCGCAUCAGUACGACGCAGAGUACGUCCGACUUGUGACGGAAGGUUACGGUCGUUUCGUCGACCAUGAUGCCUCCCAAGUAGUUAUCGACGAGCCCUUCAUGCUCGUCAGCUGCGCACUAUGGUUCAAGAACAACAACGUCGACUUCUUCAACAUCGACUACCUUCGCAUGCGUUCCGAGCCAAUGCCCCACGCUUCCGAGCUUCGUUGUCUACGCCUAGCCUUCGUGCUUUCACGGCACCUCGAACGAAAGCCACCGCUGCGGCAACUGUUCGACAUCAAGGGCACGCCUCCUUCGUGGGCGGAUGCUCGAGCCAUAAGUCUUCUCUUGCAGCACCGGACCGCGAGGGGUGUCGUCAGCGCUCGGGUCUACAGCUGCGAAAAGGAAGUGGCGGGAUCGACAUCUUCGCUUACGACUGUCGCAUGCACGGACGCAGAGAUUGAAAGAUGGCUCGACCACGCCAAUCCCUCCUCACCCUUCUGUAUACUCCGACUGUCGGAGGAAUGCGUCCUGCUCUUUGCGCUGAAGCUGCACGGGAAUGAGCAUGUGUGGGUCGCGCUCGACGGUAGGCAGGGCGAGCCCUUGACGGCAGAUGAGGUCAACCGCGCGUUGGCCCGUAUGGAUCCAACCACGAGCUUGGAAGAGGAUCAACUCGACAAACUCCGACGCUUACCCAAACCCUGUCGACGCGCUGGAGAUCCGCCCAUAUUCUUUGCCUUCGCGUCUGGCCUCCCCGACCUUCCGCAAGACACAUUGGACCGCGCUGUUGCCUCUGUCGAUGUGGCGCAGCUCUGCGAAUCGACAGGAAUCACUGCGAGACAGGCGUUGCAGGCGACCGUGCGCUUCACUCUGUCGAGGGCGGCGGAGCCGACUGAGUCGAGCACGGCCAAACGGCCUCGAGCAAUUGAGCCAGAUGCGGGCCCCUGCACAAGGGCGAGAAAACGACGGGCGACGGAACUUGGGGUUCUUGGCUCGGAGCGCAUAUUACGCCAGUCGACCGUUCAGCAGCGACGAAGGCGGAGGAGCAGGGGUUAG